CCAGUAUUGACCGUGCUGCUGGAGUUAGGCGGGCCGUUUCCCGUCUGCGGGGGGCUCAUCAGGAGAGCACGAGAAGAUUAACGACGGACUAAUGACAUGCUGUCGAAAUACCGGUGUUUUAAACGCUUUUGAGCUGAGAACCGUUGACAUGAAAUGUGAUAAAACAUCGCAUAAGCUGCAUAAGAGUUUAAGUUCAAAUUAAUUCAAACAAUUUAUGUACAUAUAAAAAUGCAAUAAAGGAAUAUACAAUUUUAAAAAAAAAACAUUACAAUCAGCAUUUUUUAUUUUAUUUUUUUUGUACAGGGCCACGUUGUGCGAGAACUGCAGUUUCUGUCAAAUACAUACAUCUAACCACAUUCAUUUCUCACCAAAUUCCAAUAAAAAUACAUUUUAUUUUUAGUUUACUGUUAUAGAUGAAACGUUUCUUAGAGAACAGUUGUAAGCAUCAUCCUAUCAGUAAUGUACCUGACGUCUUUAUUUACACAUUUUGAAUUACGCAGCAUCGCCAUCUUCUGGGAAAAUUUAAAUGGUUUGAAGUUUUCAGAUCACCCCGUUUCUUUUAGGUUAAGAUUAAUGGGAGGGGUGCUGACAGAAUCUCAUCUAGAUCGGCUCCUUUUGGUAUUUUUUAAGUGUUUGAGUUGAUUCUCGCGUUUCUUUCGCUUGGUAAGAAUCGUCAAUAUCAAGUAUAUUUACACACUCUGCUGAAAGGCUCAGGCGAUACUAAUGAAACCAAACCAUUCUUCAAAUCGAGUCCAGCCUCAGGCCAAGAUUAAGAAAAGUUUGCGUUCAUCUGGAUCAGCUGUCCAAAAACUGUCAAAUAAGCGAAUGAAAGACAAAAAUGCGAAUCUACAUAAAACCUCUAAAAGCACUUCAACUCGAAACACUAAGUUGUUCCCUCAAGUAAUAGCUUACGAAUGACCAAAAAUUACUGAGACAAACCUAAAUGUUAGCUCAGAUUUAACUGAUUUGAUUCUUAAGUGACCGAUUCCUCUAAUAUCCAGCCACACCACUAUUCGCUUUUGAAUGAACCUGAAUUGAAAUAACGGAUGUGAAGCGACAAGACGUAUUCUGGGUCGUUCAGUACAGGCAGAUUUUCUUGCCUUAAUAAUUAAAAAAUAAUAAUUUAUUGAAAGAAAGCCUGAUUAUCUUGAACGACGAAGCGCAGCUCCGGGACUCAUAUUUCUGAUGGCAGUUGUUCUUGCCACCCAAAAAAAAAAAAAAAAAACUACAAAUAAAUAAAUACGUGCAACUGGCCAUCAACUCAAUUUAAAUGGAUCAUUCACUCAAAAUCCGCUUGACACUUUGAUAGUGAAUAUCUAUCUGUUCGUAGAAAACCGUUUCGUACCAUUAAUUAGUAAAACUGCUCUGAAAAGCUACACUGAUUCUCCUUAAUGGUUAUUGAUUUGUAUUAAAGACGCAUAAUAAUAAAUAAAUAAAACACUUUUUAGAUUCUCGGUGGUAGGAUGCCAUACAGCUGAUUUCAGUGAUAAAAAUCACCGGAGGUGUAUGUCCUUCUGUACAAGGAAAAAAGUUAUUGGUGUGGGGCUAUGCACUGACUCUUACGUUGUAGGUAGAACAUACAUGAAACCUAAACCUAUAACAUUAUUUCAUUUUGUGUCAUUUUGAUUGGUCAUUUAGGAUUAUGUAACACUGUUUUCUUUUUUUUAUAUCGUGAAACUUUGGUUUAAAGAAAGGUUUGGUGCCACUGGUAUUCUUGGAUGUGUCAGAAUCUGAAUAUAAAAUGAUUCGUUAUAAUAAUAAACCAAAGCCGAUACUAGGUGCCCUAACUUGACCGAUCAUGAGUCCUUUGAUGACAUAUCCACUUCUACAUCGUAUUACGUAAUAAAACAUGUGAAAUCAACGAUGCUAUCGAAUGACAUGCAUGACGGACAUAAUUAGCGAACCGAUGAAAGAAAAUAGAGCAGAAACCACGUCACUUUCUUUUGCUCUUACUUCACUCCCUUCCAUCGGCUGCACUAGAGCUUAAAUACUGUACUUAUGAAUUCGCACUCAACACUUUCUGAAGCUAAGUUGGCCUUGUUUCAUAGAGAAGUUCAUAGUGCACCCAAACUGGCUGUAUACGUUUUUUUUUCCCCCUACUGAGUAAGCUGUUCUUGGCAGGUAAGGCGAGAUCGGAGCCGGUAAUUGCUACAGAAACAUCAGUUGGAGUGUCAGAGCUGAGCAACGCGCAGGUUUCUGGCGGCGGAAUACGCAGCGAACGCUGGUUUGCCAACCACCAUUAAACGUUGAAGAAGAAGAACCUUUGCGUCAUAUCCUGCUAGCUUAUGUAGGGGGAAUGAGAAAAUGAUCUCCCAUGAUUUGUAGCACCAAUAACCUCGUAUAACAACUAAAUAGAACAUAACCACAUAAUUUAACUGUAAGGGUAUACUUGUGAAAGAAACACUAUCAUGGCGGCUUUGGUUUCAUGCUGUUUCAGCUGUUGUGAAGACAAUAACAGCGGCCACGUAACACUGAAGGAGAUGCCCACGGUUCAGCUGGACACUCAUCACAUGGGUACUGAUGUUGUCAUUGUAAAGAGUGGAAGACGCAUAUGUGGAACUGGUGGUUGCAUCGCAAACGCCCCUCUCCAUCAAAACAAGAGCUACUUUGAGUUCAAGAUUCAGUCCGCAGGUGUCUGGGGAGUAGGAGUGGCGACGCAGAAAGCAAAUCUGAACCAGAUCCCUAUGGGCAGAGACCUGCACAGCCUUGUGCUCCGGCAAGACGGCACCGUGUACCACAACAAUGAAGAGAAGAACAGAUUACCUGCAAACAGCUUACCACAGGAAGGAGACAUUGUGGGUGUUACGUAUGACCACGUGGAGCUGAAUUUGUACUUAAACGGGAAGAAUAUGAACUGUCCGGCGUCAGGUAUUAGAGGGACUGUUUAUCCUGUAGUUUAUGUUGAUGAUAGUGCAAUUCUGGAUUGCCAGUUCAGUGACUUCUACCAUCCUCCUCCGCAAGGCUACCAGAAGAUUCUGUUUGAGCAACAGAUCUUCUAAAGAUCAUGAUGUGCUACUCCACAGCUGGGAUUUGAAGUGCUAUGAUCAUGAGUGACUUCCAAAGAUUGUGUGGCUCAGAAAACUGAAAGAAAUUGAAGUAAUGUCAUCUGUGAUUUUGACUCGUGUAAAACCUACACAUAUCUGGCCAUUACUACUUAGUUUAAAAAGUCAUUCUACGUUUUUCAGAUGAAUUGUAUUAUAUCAUCUGCCCAAUAAUGGUAUGUGCACUGAUCUCAAAACAUACAUCUUUAGUUUACUCUUAAUCAAACACUGUACAUUUACUGAUGUACAGUAUUAACAGUGCACUGUUGUCCUGCUUUAAUCUAUGCCCUGUCUGUGAAACCAGGCCAUGAAUUUGUGUUUUAAGGCUGGUUUGAAUACAAAAAUGGGCAAUAAUGGAGUAACAUAUUACAGCUGACAAUCAUGACUUUAUGCUUUAUGCAUUUCAAGAGAACUAAGUGAUGCUGACCUGAAAUGCUGAUACUGACUUAAAAUACUGUCUCUGUUCUUCUUAUUGUUUGUCUGAUUUCUUUGUUGUCUGUCUGAUGUAUGACCUGCAGCUGCACUCUCCAUAUACAUCAAAAUGACUUGGUUUUACACAAGCUCUACAAAAACACAUAUAUUAAAAUUUUAUGGAGUUUAUAUUUGGUUGUAUUUUCCAUAUUAUCUUGCGUUUGAUAUACACUGUCUUCUCAUUAUUGCGGUUUCUGCACCUUACCUUAGAUAUUUAAUAAAGUAUUUUUUCUCUAUUAAUUGUUACAACUGAUCACAAAACUGUUUUCAAUAAAUAAGGGAAUAUUGAACAUGAUGUCAUUUUUGUAUGUUCUAAGCUGACAGGUCUUCGUUGUCUAACGGUUUUUCUUCUGUCAUUUGUUCAGAAACACUUUGUAUUUACCUUACAAUAAAAUAAGACUUAAACAUG